CAAGCAAGAACCAACCAUAUUCCCAGACUUAGCCAGCACCAAAGAAAAUUGUCAAUAGAAUAAAAAAAAAAAAAUUACAGACAGAGACAAGGAUUAGAUCAGCAAAAGUCAAAGAACGGGAGAAGAAGAAAAGGAGAGAGUGCAAAAGCAGUCUCUCUUUUUUGGAUCCCUCAACCUCAUAAUAACACAUAGAAAUACUCAUUAUUCUCUCUCUUAUUAUUAAGUUUUGACCCUUUGGCUUUCAUUUUUUUUUCCCUCUCUUGAAAGAUCUUAGAUUUUUCUCUUCCAUUUCUUCGAGAUGAUCGGCCGUGGCGGUCGAGCAUAUUCAUCUCCUGAGAUAGCACGUCCUUCCUCUAGUGAUUACCACCAUGUUGAAGGUCAAGACUUCACUUUCGAAGGGAUUGCUGCAAACGUGAAGCUCCUUCUGAAGUUGAUCCACGAGCAAAGCCAGGCGAGCAAUGGGGACCAAGAUGGUCGCAGAGCGCAAAGGGUGGCUGGGAUGAUCAGCAUCCUGGACGAUGUUAAAACCCGGAUCCAAAAAUAUUCACCACCUGUUGGCAGCUCUUUGAAGGAGUUCAGGCGGUGCAACACAGAUCUCAGGCCUCAUCGUGCUCCGAGAGACAAGAAGUCCGGUGCGGAUGUUGUGAUAGAUGAGAAAGAGAAGUUGAGAAGAGAGCUGCAUGCAAGCUCUGCUGCAAGGAAGAGCCUAGAAGCGAUGUGUUCUAGCUUGGGAAAGGAGAAGGAAAUCAUGGCCUCGGAGCUUUCUCGAAAGGUUCAAGAAUUGAAUGGAAUGGAGGAACUCAUCAAUGAUCUUAAGGCACAGAAUGAGACGUUGCUGGCUAAAGUGCAAGCUUGCGCGGCAGAGCAUAGAGAGAAGAAGCAUGGGGGAGAUCAGACUCAAGGGGUCAAUGCUGCCCUUCAAGAGCGAAACAAGGCACUUUCGGAGCAACUUUUGAAGUCUCUUGAUGGGUAUCGAUCCUUGAAGAGAAAAUAUAAAGAUGCAAAAGAGGAAAACGUGGGGAUUCAAACGACAAUGGAGGAAAUGGGGGUUGAAGUAGCAGCAGGACUUGGUGGAGUACAUGGACUCAAGCAGCGGUUGGCAGCAACAGAAGUACGGGAAGCAGACAUUGAGAGGGAAAUUUCAGCACUGGAAUGCAUGUUCGAGAGUUUCAAUGUUAAGAUUUCGAAGCACAUGCAAAAGAAAAGCACCUGUAACUGAGAUCAAAAUGCUGGUAUGGUGGCCCUGUCUUCUAUGCCAGCAUAGGAAGGUUUUGGCAGAUGCUUCAGUUCAAGAUGACAAAUCACAUCCGUGAAUAUUUUGGUAUUAUUGCAUUGAUUUAGUUCAGUUUUCUAGCUUGAGCCCACAAUCUCAAUAGUUGCAUAAAACCAAAGUUUUGUUCUUUUUCAUCUCAUCUUGGAAUCCAUAUGUAUUUCAUGUUGCUUUUUUGAAAGCUCUUUGUGAAAAUAACUUGACUCUUGUAAACAUAUGACAGAUUUAUGUGAUUGAUUUCAAUCAAUCAUAGAUCAUGCAUUCUAUUUUGAAAGCAAAUUUCACUGUAACCUGUAAGUUUUCUCCAUGAAGAACAAUCCAUAAACAAUAAAUUUUGCAUGA